AUGUUUGCUGAACGCUUCCUUCAGGUGCUGAAGCAAAAGGCUAAACAGACACGCAAAGAAGUACAGCUCCUAAUGCAGUGUGGAAAGAGAUUGACAAACAAACGUCAUCUUGAGCUUCACAUAAGAGUUCAUACUGGAGAGAAACCUUACAAGUGUUCACACUGUGACAAGAGAUUCAGUCGGUCAGGACACCUGAAAACACAUGAGAGGAUCCACACUGGAGAGAAACCGCACACAUGUGAUCAGUGCGGGAAGAGUUUCACACAAAAAGGAAAACUUACAUCACACAUGAGAGUUCAUUCUGGAGAGAAACCUUUUACUUGUGAUCAGUGCGGGAAGAGUUUCACACAAUCAGCAAACCUUAAGAUGCACAUGAACAUCCACACUGGAGAGAAACUGUACACAUGUGAUCAAUGCGGCAAAACAUUUCUGAGAGCUUCAGUCCUGAAGGAGCACCUGAGAGUUCAUUCAAAGGAGAAGCCACAUUCAUGUCAUUUGUGUGGAAAGAAGUUUCACACAAAAGGAGACCUUACGGCACACAUAAGAGUUCAUACUGGAGAGAAACCUUACAAGUGUUCACACUGUGACAAGAGAUUCAGUCGGUCAGGACACCUGAAAACACAUGAGAGGAUCCACACUGGAGAGAAACCGCACACAUGUGAUCAGUGCGGAAGAUUUCACACAAAAGGAGACCUUACGGCACACAUGAGAGUUCAUACUGGAGAGAAACCUUACAAGUGUUCACACUGUGACAAGAGAUUCAGUCGGUCAGGACACCUGAAAACACAUGAGAGGAUCCACACUGGAGAGAAACCGCACACAUGUGAUCAGUGCGGGAAGAGUUUCACACAAAAAGGAAAACUUACAUCACACAUGAGAGUUCAUUCUGGAGAGAAACCUUUUACUUGUGAUCAGUGCGGGAAGAGUUUCACACAAUCAGCAAACCUUAAGAUGCACAUGAACAUCCACACUGGAGAGAAACUGUACACAUGUGAUCAAUGCGGCAAAACAUUUCUGAGAGCUUCAGUCCUGAAGGAGCACCUGAGAGUUCAUUCAAAGGAGAAGCCACAUUCAUGUCAUUUGUGUGGAAAGAGUUUUUCACGUCUAGAACAUUUAAAAGUACAUCAUAAAAUACACACUGGUGUGAGAGAGUACAUGUGCUUUGAGUGUGAGAAGACUUUUACUACAGCGAGCUGUUUAAAACUGCAUGAGAUGAUUCACACUGGAGAGAAACCACACACAUGUGAUCAGUGCGGGAAGAGUUUCUCACAAUCAUCAACCCUUAAUUAUCACAUGAAAAUCCACACUGGAGAGAAGAGGCACACAUGUGAUAAGUGCGGGAAGAAUUUUAGAAAAAAAGGAUACCUUUCAUCACACAUGAAUGUUCAUUCUGGAGAGAAACCGUUCACUUGUGAUCAGUGCGGGAAGCGUUUCUCACAAUCAUCAACCCUUAAGAAUCACAUGAACAUCCACACUAAAGUUCAUACAAAGGAGAAGCCACAUUCAUGUCAUUUGUGUGGAAAGAGUUUUUCACAUCUACAACAUUUGAAAGUGCAUCAGAAAAUACACACUGCUGUGAGAGAGUACAUGUGCUUUGAGUGUGAGAAGACUUUUACUACAGCGAGCUGUUUAAAAAAGCACCAGAGGAUCCACACUGGAGAGAAACCUUACAAGUGUUCACACUGUGACAAGAGAUUCAGUCAGUCAGGAGACCUGAAAAGACACGAGAGCAUCCACACUGGAGAGAAACCGUAUCACUGCACUGCAUGUGGGAAGCGUUUCAAUCAUUCAUCUGCUCUACACAGUCAUACAAAAAAACAUUCACAGCAAGUAGAUCAUCUUCAGAUCUUUCAGGUCUGAUGCUGCGUCCUCAACAAAUGUGACACAAUAAUGCAUCAAGCAACAGAAUAUCAUCUGGAUAAAUCUGUCAUAACA